GGAAGGAACGGCAGUCAUGGAGUCUGGCUCAGGUGGGAACUGGCUGAAAAGACUUACGGCUGAGAGCCUAUUUCGUCAGAAGAAGCUUCUGUUCCACUCCUGGUUCCGGUUCAUACUCCUGCUUUGUCUGAUCUCCGUCCUGUGUUACAUUCAGUCCAGCAGCUCUCGGCCAUGGUGGGAAAACUUUCCACUCCAUGUCCACUAUCAGAGGCUUUUAAACCAAACUAAUCAAGUCCAUCUACCUCCUGCUUAUCGUGUGCAUCCAAAACACAGAAUCAAACCAACUGGGAUAGAUGAAACCACAAAAAGCACAUCUGUACUACCUACUGUGCCUCCAACAGGUACUCAGUUUCAUCAUGCCUACCCACGCAACUACCACUUCAAUAUUGAUAACCCAGAGGUGUGCAAGACCAAGACCCCUUUCCUGGUCUUGAUGGUUCCAGUAGCACCAAAAAACACAGCAGCUCGGGACGCCAUUCGGAAGACAUGGGGCAAAGAAAGCCUGGUUCAGGGUGAGGUGGUGCUUACUCUGUUCAUGCUAGGCCUCUCUGGAGGAGCUAAUGUUGAGCAGCUGCAGCAGACGCUCAAGCAGGAGAAUCUACAGCACCAUGACUUGAUCCAGAGCAACUUCAUGGACACUUACCUCAAUCUGACCACCAAAACCAUGGUAAUCAUGGACUGGCUGGCCACACGCUGCCCUACAGCAGCAUAUGCAAUGAAGGUUGACUCUGACAUGUUCCUGAACGUUGACAAUUUAGUGAUUAUGCUACAGAAGCCAGGCAUCCCCAAGCAGAACUAUCUGACGGGUAUGCUUAUGUGGAACAGGCCAGUCGUCCGUUCAAAGAACUCCAAGUGGUACGUCCCUGAGGAGAUGUACCCAGAUCCCCUAUACCCGACCUACACUCUAGGUAUGGGUUAUAUCUUCUCAAACGAUCUUCCAGAGAAAUUCGUGGAGGUCUCAAAAUCAAUCAAACCCUUUAACAUAGAGGACGCUUACAUUGGAGUGUGCAUGGAAAAGCUGGGUCUUUCACCAACAUCGCCGCCAAAUCCCUCACAGUUCAAGGCCUAUAACACAAAGUACAAUCGCUGUGAAUUCUCCAAAGUCAUCACCUACAUUCUUGGGUCCUCACAAGAGUUGGUGAAAUACUGGACAGACUUGAAGAAGCCUGAGCCACCCUGUUAGGACAAUGAAUA